AUGAGCUGGUCAAGAGGGGCAGAUAAACGAAGCCGUGAGGCAGCAGAAAAGCAACUUGCUGAACGUUUCCUCAACGCUGAUAAACGUCUCAAAUCUUCUCUCCUCUCAAUAAUUCCAGCAACUUUAUCAAAUAAAGUAGUCUGCAUUACCCUUAUUAAUGGCACGAAGGUGACUGGAACUCUCGCGGAGAUUGACGGCUUUAAUAAUAUCACCUUGAGAGAUGGUGUUAGAAUUGAUCCACCACCUCGCAAGAAAACUCUCGUCCCAUUGGUGGGUCUUGAAUUAAUUCCGGCUGCUAAAUAUUUCCUUCCUAGAUAUCUCACUGCUUCUCAUUCCACAGCCCUUCAAAUGGAAUUCAAUACCAAUUUCACCUUUAAGUACUUGCAUUCUCAUCGUCAUAAGGAGGCCAAAUAA